CUCCUGGGAAUGUGCGUCGCAAAGGAUGGUCGCAUGACGUGUCAGAACACCUGAGGUCUACUACUUUAACUGGAGUCGCCCUUGAGCCGCAAAUGAUCAAAAUUAUUUAUGACAUACCACAGCCGUCAUACGACUACAAUUAUUAAGUUGUCGGGACGUCCACGCUAGGGCUUACUCCAUUGUAUAUACCGUAUCGCCGUAGAAGGGCGGGAGCCAUACACAUGAUCAGCUUUCCCUAUUCGUUACGUCAUAAUCUAUGCAAGCUUGCUGUCAUUGCUACAGGGUUAGUGCACCUUCCUCUUACUGAACUGUGCGCGGUCUGCAAUUGCUGCAAGACGGGGUUGCCGACUCGGUCCUACUAGGAUCAGCAAGAUAAGCACAGUGGGAUCGUGUUCCGUCUUGAGCAAGCGUAGGGAUAGCAUGUUUGGGCAUGCAGCGAAGCUCUCAGCACUGAUCAAUAAAGACCCUCCUCAGCUCCCAAACGAGGACGCGCUAGUAGCCGAACUGCGCGCCAAACUGGGUCCGGGCGCGGAUCCGGAGAAGCUGCUCUUCCAAGUACGAAGCUCACGCGGCAAGACUCACUGGGCGGUGAACAGCUACCUGCGCGACGUGAUGACCUCCAGCACCCCGGGGCAGGAGGACUUCCGACCCAGGCGGCCGGCAGCAGCCGGACCAGCAGCAACCCCAGCAGCCGCCGCCAGCAGCAGCAGCAGCCCUAGAAACAGGGAGGCAGCGGCGGCCAGCUCGCCGCCUGCCGAGGCUACGGUUGCACUUCCCGGGGGUUGCGGUUGCGGCUGCUCAUCUGGCGGCCAGCACCCCGCCUCCCCCGCUGCUGGCGCUGCCUCGGACCUCUCGGACCUCAACCAUGACACCCCGGACCCCACCACCACCACGACCAGCAUCCCCAGCCGCACCACCGCUAGCUGCUCCCCCGCUCCCUCCCUGGACGGCCUGCCUGUGUCGCUGCUGGAGGCGGUGUGCAGGCGGCUGGAGGACCACCGGGACGUGUGCGCGGCAGCCAUGACGUGCAGGGCGCUGGCGGCGGCUGCCUCCUCCGACGCGUUGUGGCGGCGGCUGUUCCGCAGCCGCUGGGGUGACACGGUGUUCCCCACGGAGCCGCACCGGGCGGCAGCAGCGGGAGCAGCGGGAGGCGGGCAGUUGGGGCUGGGGCAGCAGCAGCCGCAGCAGCAGCCACUGCUGCAGGCGGCUCCACGUUCCGCCAUGCCUCCGCCCCCUGCUGCGGCUGGGGAGCAGCAGGCGGGCGGGUCGCUGCCUUCAGGGUCGGGGCUGGUGUCGGGGGCGGAGGGAGCGGAGGAGGGGGAGGCCUUGGUGGCCGCGGGACGCGAGCAGCAGCAGCCGCUCCCCUUGCAACACCCGGCUGCAGCAGCUGCAGCGGCAGCGGCAGCAGCAGGAGGGGUAACCGCAGCAGAGGCAACACCGGGGUCGCCUCAGGCAGCGCUGCGGUUUGAGCAGCUGGGCGCCUCCUCGGGUCUCCCAACAGCCCCGGUGACUAGAGAGGGAGGAGCAGCAGCAGCAGCAGCUGGGAAGGACACCACCACUGACGCCGGCGGCGGCCAUGCGAGCAACAGCAACACCACCACCAACAAUAACAACGGCUUUGGCAGCAAUACCGGCGCUGCUAGCAAUGCUGCUGGCACCACCCCCAGCACCAGCAGCUACCGGCAGCGCUACCGCCAGCAGCUGUCGUACCUCACCCACCUGCGCUGCCCCCGCUGCGGCGCCGCAGACAUCGUGCCCAUCGUGUACGGCUUCCCCUCGCCCGCACUGUUGGAGGGCAUGCGGCGGCGGCGGCUGAUCCUGGGGGGAGAUCACCUGAUCGAGGACUGUCACGUGUGGGGCUGUACGGCGUGUACGGCGUCGUUCAGGCACUUUCCGUACGACGGGUGCGAGAGGUGGCUGGCGGACCUGGCGCGGAGCAGCAGCAGGCAGGCGGCGGCAGCAGCGGCGGCGGGGGGGCACCCGCACCUGCCGCAUUACACGUACGAGCUGUGAGGGG